AUGAGUUCGGAGUUGUUUCCCGGCAUCGUUGUUGAUAUUAAGGAUUUCAAUGCGCAAAUAGUAUCAGGAAAUAAUCGUUUUCAAGUGUGUCGCAAUAAUGAGUUUGAAGUAAAAGUUGGAGAUAAUGUGUAUUUCGACAAUUUGAAGAUUUCUACUGUCGCUUGCAAAACGGUUGCAAAAAUUACAAAUGGUCGAAUAAAUGACGAUGAAAUGAUGUGGAGCCCUUAUAUCGGGAACAUUGAAGAUCCUCAAUCGAUUUCCGUAGUUUUAUCUGACGACUCAUUUUAUGAGGUGAUUGUUAGCUAUCAGAAGGAAAAUCAAGUUUAUUGGAAAUUAGAAUCCGUUGUUAAACUAAGGAAUGAGUAUGCGAAAGAAAUCAAAAAUGCGGCUGAAAUGAGCUUUGACUCACCAAACGAGGGAAGCCUCGCAAAUUUCGAAAAUGACGGCACAAAUGGAUCAAGUCAUCGGAGAAAGGAAGAAGAAAUAUCUCCGGCGGCGUCGUCAAACGAUAGAGACAGACGAGCCAGCAAUUCAUAUCGUGAGCGAGACCGCUCUCGGAGUCGCACUACAUCACCCUCUAGAAUGUAUAAUUCGAAAAAUGAUAGGAAAUCUUCAUCUCGUCAGGGUAAACGAGAUCGUGUUUCAAGAGAUGAUCGGUCGCCGUCGACGCCAAUAAGAAACCGAAGAUCUAAUUCACGCGAAGGACGAUCUCACAGGUACCGCGAUGAUCGAAACCGCGGAGAUCGAUGGAAGAGCAAAGAGCGAUUUAAGCGAAGAGAUAAAAAAAGGUCAAGAAGCAGAAGUCGGCAUCGUUCCCCGAAACGUAGUAAGAAGAACCGUCGGAGAUAUUCCAGCGCUUCAAACUCCCCUGAUCCAAUGUCAAUCUCAUUAAUUGGGGAAAUAAAGAAAACACAUGGCGAUACCGUUGUUUCGAAAUCUCGAAAGAAACGAAGGAAGCAUAAGAGACAUAGUAGCUCUUCGUCUACAAGUUCUGAAGAAAUGCAUGUCGAUGGUCCUGCCUCUUCAAAUGGUACAGCAUUGAACAUUCCUGCACCGAUGCCUCCUCCUCAAAUUCUUUAUCAAUAUCAAAGAAUUGCCCCGCAGCCGGCGCCACCAACCAGCUUUUAUCCCGUGAAUCCGCCACCUCUACCCCCGACUGCGCUUAUGGAUCCGUACCAAAAGCCGCCACCAGUUUUACCUUCAAUGCCACCGCCAGCAACCGCAAGUUAUUCCACUGACGGUCUUUUUCCUCAACCUCCACAACCGACAGUCCAACCACACCUCGCGUUCUCCGGAAAUCCUGGCGUACGGAUGAUGGAAGGACUUCCUCUACCUCCUGCUCCUGAGAGCAAACGAAUAGUUACAAAGCCUGUAGUUCUCAAUCGGAGAGGAAACAGAAGGAAAGUGGAUCCGUCUCGUGACGAAUGGGGAACGACUCUACUGACGGAUUACACUAUGCUCGGCCAAAUUGGUGAAGGCACUUAUGGCCAAGUCUACAAAGCUGUUAACAAAAAAACCGGUGAACAAGUGGCUUUAAAACGGGUACGUCUUGAAAAUGAAAAAGAGGGUUUCCCAAUAACCGCGGUGCGCGAGAUUAAAAUUCUGCGACAGCUUAAUCAUAAGAAUAUUGUGCGACUGAUCGACAUUGUCACGGACAAUGCGUCAGUUCAAGAACUGCGUAACUCUCGAGUUAACUUCUACUUGGUAUUUGAAUAUGUGGAUCACGACUUAAUGGGUCUUCUUGAUUCCAAGGAUCUGAUUGAAUUCACUAAAGAGCAAGUUUGUAUGAUAUUCAAACAAUUGCUCGAAGGAUUGGCGUAUUGCCAUCAAGCGGGAUUUCUACAUCGCGAUAUAAAAUGUAGUAAUAUAUUGGUUAAUAAUAAAGGUGAAUUGAAAGUGGCCGAUUUAGGUUUGGCCAGAUUGUGGCAUGAGGGCUAUGACAGACCGUACACGAAUCGAGUGAUAACACUUUGGUAUCGCCCGCCGGAAUUGCUGCUGGGAGAGGAAUGCUAUGGCCCAGAAAUUGAUAUUUGGAGUGCCGGUUGUAUGCUCGGUGAACUUUUCACUCGAAAGCCACUUUUCAAUGGAAGUAACGACAUUGCCCAACUUGAAGUUAUUACGAAGUUGUGCGGCUCGCCGACAAUCGACAACUGGCCGGACGUUGUAAAAUUAAAAGGAUGGCAAUCGCUUAGACAGAAACGCGCUUAUCCUAGAAGGAUUCGGGAUGAAUUUGAACAUAUAAUGCCUUCGCAAGCUGUUGAUCUGCUCGAUAAACUUUUAUCGUUAGAUCCAAAGAAGCGUUUGACAGCUCGCGAAGCUCUCAAUCAUCCAUGGAUCCUCUCGCUUAAGCGAACGAAUGUGCCGCCACUGAAUUUGCCGCAGCAUCAGGAUUGCCAUGAAAUGUGGAGUAAGAAGCAAAAACGAGAAAAUCGAUUACUGAAUGGCCCUUCUGCAUCGAAAACUAGAAGCCCUGGUGGAUCUAGCGGACAUCAUAAGCUGCCGAAUUUGCUUCCCAGAGGCAAUUCUCGUCCAAGCAACGGAGCUUCCGGAUCACAAAGCAUCUCUCGAUCAGCAUCGUCUUCGGGCAAUUUUGUUGCCCAACCUGCGCCUACGGCAGCAGCUGCCCCGAACUCGUUUAUCCACUGA